CGUAAGGAGAGAACGGACCCUCUUGAGAGAUCUACUGACACCCCUUCCUCCGGCAUGGCAAACAUCACAUCUGCCCAAUGGCAGGCCAUGCUGGAUGCAGCAGAUGAGAACGAGAGACUGUUCUUCCAUAAGCUUUAUGAUGAUGCCGUGCAGAGGGAAAGGGAGGCAGCGGCAGCAGCCAGAGCCGCCAACAUUGCUGAUCAGGUGGCCCUCCUUCGGAUCCCGGAAGCCAAUGCCGACCGGUUCCAGGAGGGACUAGCUGCUGCCGUAGCAGCCUUGGUUCGACUGCGGACCUUAGAAGACCUUGAGUCCCGUGUGACAGCACUAGAGCAGCAAAACCAAGAGUUGCAGGCUGAGCUACUCAGCCUCAAACAGUCCCAACUGUCUGCCCCCCGCCCUCCUAACCCUCGACCUGCUGCAGUCCCAGUCUCUCAACCCAACACAGUCCUCGUGGCAAGGGCAAGUGGAACUGUGACGAGCGCAGGAUCCGGUACCAGCUCCUCGAGCGGCAGCGCCGGCAGUUCUACACUAGUCAUAGUCCCAAAUGCGGGGACAUCAGCCCAAAACGCCACAGUCCUUACUGGCGUUCAGUACAGCGGUCCCAUGGUGGACAAGCGGGCGGCAACUCUGCCGUCCAAGUACGACGGGAAAGGAGACAUUACCUCUUGGAUUAUGCGCAUGCGCAAGGAAAUUGAGCAUGUACACCUAGCUUUUGUAAAGCCUCUUCAUGUGCCUUCUACUUUUGCUGCGUUUUCUACCUCGGUAAGUAACUCUACUUCUACCACCUCUGCUUUUAAUGUGAAUAAUACUUCUACUUCUAAUCCGGUUGUCAUUGCUGUAAAUUCUCAAUCUAAUUUCCUUUCUCCUGAUGAGGAUGAUCCUCCACCGAAAGUCCCAACAAACAUUCGCCAGCUAUUAGAUCGAUUCCCUGAAGUUUUGGCCGAACCUCGUGGAGUUCCCCAGUGUCCGGUCAAACACAAAAUCGAGAUAAUAGAGGGGAGUGUUCCUCCGAAGGGCUGCGUCUACUGCAUGGGACAAGGCGAGUUGGAGGAGUUGAGAAGGAAGAUUGAUGAUAUGAUUGACCGUGGAUGGAUUAGGCCCAGUGAAUCUGAGUUCGGUGCACCUGUCCUGUUUGUGCCAAAGAAAGGAGGCAAACUCCGGAUGUGUAUUGACUAUCGUGGCCUUAAUCCGAUCACCAGAAAGAAUGCUUACCCUUCGCCUCGCAUAGAUGAUUUGCUAGAUGCGGCAGGUGGGUGCAAGGUCUUCUCCAAGAUCGACCUCAAAUCUGGUUACCACCAGAUUGAAGUUGAUCCGAGUGAUCAGCACAAGACUGCAUUCAAAACACGCGAUGGGUUGUACGAGUUCAUCGUUAUGCCCUUCGGUCUUACGAAUGCACCGGCCACAUUUCAAUGCCUCAUGGACAAGGUACUUCGCCAUCAACUCAACAGGUUUGUGGUUGUGUACCUUGACGAUAUCCUGAUCUUCAGUAAAACCAUGGAAGAGCACCUCAAGCACCUUGAGGAAGUUUUGCAGGUCCUCAAGGAGGCGCAGCUGCACCUAAACUUAGAGAAAUUUGAGUUUGGGAGGGACAGCGUCAUCUAUCUCGGGCAAAGGAAACUGAAGGAGGAUCUGGUCGAACACACCGCCAAGGAUCCGGACCUUAGUCCCAUCCUUGAGCAGCUCAAGGCUGACCCUAACAGUCAGCCUCAUUUUCAUGAGUGUGAGGGUCUUGUAUUCCGCCGGUAUGGGAAGUUUGAUCGCUUGUGUGUACCCAACCAUGCACCUCUCCGAACGCAUUUCUUGGAUCUGGCACAUGGUCAGAAUGGACAUUUCGGCUUUGAGAAGACCUAUGGAACUCUUCUGCAGCAGGUUGAUUGGCCAGGAAUGAAAGGAUCUGCUCAGAAAUUUAUUGCUGAAUGUCAGGUAUGUCAAAGAACCAAGGUCCACAGGCAUAAGCCUUAUGGCCUGCUGAGACCCCUCCCCAUUCCUAAUGGACCCGGUGAGUCGAUUUCCAUCGACUUCACGGACAUGGGAAAGGUGAGUGAGGUAGGAAAUUCACAAGUCAUGGUCAUCGUGGACCACUUCUCCAAAUUUAUGAACUUGAUUCCUUUCCCUCCCCAUGCCCCAACUGAACUUGUCAUCGAAGAAUUCCAUCAGCAGUACAUUCUGCAGUUUGGCGUCCCGAAAACUAUCCUGAGUGAUCGGGACACCAGAUUCAUCAGCAAAGAUUGGAAGGACUUUACCUCUCAAAUCUAUGACAUUAAACUGAACAUGACUUCUGGUCGACACCCCGAAGCCAAUGGUUUGGUCGAGGAGAUCAACCAGACUGUCAUCCAACUACUUCCCGCAUUGAUUGUCCCAGAUCAGAACACGUGGGACAAGGAGUUGCACAAAGUGAAGGGACUGUAUAACAACUCCAUCCACUCUGCAACUGGCGUGACACCAAACCAGUUGCAAUAUGGAUGGCCGAUGCGUAAUCCCCUCUCCUAUUUGUUCCCUGAACGGUCACCUGGUCUGAUGCCCGACAUGCCUACCUACAAUGCCAAGUACGCACGCUUGCUCAAAGCUGUUAUUGCAGCCAUGAACAAGCGCCAGCAUGCCAUAAUCAAACAUGCUAACAAGUUGCGCAAAGAAGAAAAAUCCAAAGUAGGGGAUUAUGUUUCGGUUAAAAUGUCUAAGUUUUUUUAUGAAGAGGGCAUAUCACGAAAACUCCUUCCAUUGUACUAUGGCCCUUGGCAGAUUUUGAAGGUGAUUGGGGAUGAUUUUGGUCCUUCAUAUGUGAUUGACAUGCCUCCUCAUCUGCGCACGUAUCAGGUCUUUCAUGCGUCCAAACUGUUUCCACAUAUUGAUGAUGAGACGUUUCCCUUCCGAAACCCUAUGAUACCUCGCCCUAUCGACGGCAGCCAUGAGAUAGACAAAAUCGUUUCUCACGAGGGAAAAGGGAGGAACAGACAGUACAAGGUUCACUUCCUCUAUCACCCGUUGACUGAGUUCUUCUGGAUCAACCGGAAAGAGCUGCUAAAGAGUGUUCCCCGUCCUAGUGUACAGAUUCUUGUUCAGAAAGUGUUCUCCCAACCUCCGUUGCAGACUGUAGUAAUACAGCAGCCUGUCGUCUCGCAGCCAGCACAGCCACAGGGCACACAGCCCCAACAACAGCAAGUGCAGCAGCCUGCACCCUUGGCCCCACAGCCUAGAUUUGCGCAGGCUCUAGGACAAGGACAAUUGGUUCCGAAGACUGACAUCGCAUCACCCAAGCCGUUCUCGGGUGAUAAAAAGGGUGAGGACCUUGAAUCAGUCUACGUGAAGUGCAAGUUAACCUUGCCUCACGAGGAAGUACUUGUGGUUGCCUCCUAUCUUGAGGGAAGUGCAUCGAGGUGGUUAAGCGGGUACGUGCAGUUACAGGGAUAUUGUCACGACUUCCACGCUUGGGCAGUCACCCAGAGACUGGAAGAUUUCAUCAAGUUGGUGAAGGAAAGGUGGCACGACCCGCAGGAGGCUCAAAAGGCCACCAACGAGAUAUUGACCCUGAGCUCAAGGAAGUUCAAGUCAGUAAGGGAUACGACAGAUGCGGUAGAGCGUUUGAUAUGUGUUCCUGGUGUACACUACAAUCCCCAGGUCUUACUUACCACUUACCUGAGGUGCCUCCCUACGGAGAUCGAGACUCAGUUGGCAAGCGAGGCCAUUACCACGGUCCACAAUUUCCCCUCGUUCAGCAAGAAGGCCCUAGAUCUAGAGGCAAAGACCGGGCAUGGGCACCAACCCACAACGAAUGGUGGGAAAAAGACACGGUCUCCUAACUGGAAGGCCAAGGGGCACAUAAUGUUUGUCGACAACGACGGUACUACCAUAGAGUUCGACGACGACUUCCAGAUGGGAGUMGGGUCAGAGUCGGGUAGCGCAGAAGCUUCAGGGGGUGGAGCAGUCGCUGCCUCAGUUCAAAAAGUUCAAGUGCCGAAAUCUUUAAGUGACAGAAAAGAUCCCGCCUACAAUGGGCCAACCGUCGUGUGGCCAGCAGUUCUGGCACUUCUUUGGGAAACGCAUCGGCCAGUAGGAAUUAUAGUUGUUCCUGCUAGGGUCGAGGUGGCAGGCACACCCUCACCAUCUCGAGAGAUGGCCCAAACUAUUGACUCUGUCAUCGUCCCACAAGCACGUUCGGACCAAUCGAUCCUUUAUUCGAUGAAUGUGUUCGAGUCCUUAGUGGAGCUAGAGGAGGAGUGCUCUAGAUCAAACCCACUAGCUUCUUGGAAGGCAAUGGCUAAAGCUCCUAAGGGUGAUGCGAACGCAAUGUCUGACCGCUUACCCAACAAGCUCGGACGUCAGCCAAUGGGUUCCAAUGGGUUCCGAAAGAUAAGGACGUGGGGGGUGAAAGGCGCAACAGCGGUGCAGAUUGCAGAAGGAGAAGGGCAACGCCGUUUCCAGUACGAAGAAGAUGGAGUUGCAGUGAGCGACAGUGCUUCGCAAAUUGGGGAGAUUAUAGCAUGGGAAGAAGACAGUGGAGAGUGAACACUUCGCAUGAAAGGGCGGAACAAAAACGCCCGUCCCCA